CAAACUAAGUUUACUCUACAACAGUAACAGGAGGGAGAUGGGACGAAGGAUGCAAAAUCUAAGUCUAAGGGAAGGAAUGUAGGUAGGAAGAAGGAAUGAGGCAGUAAGUAAAAAAGGAAAAAGUGGGUCUGAGGUAAGGGAAGAGAAAAGGAAAUCUAAGCGACAGAAGGAUGUAAGGGUGCAUGUUUAAAAAGUGAGUGAAAAAAGGAAGGAGGGAGAAAAAGAAGCAAGGAAUGAUGUAAGGAUGCAUGAAUAAAAAUCUGAUGGAAGGAGGGAAGAAAAGAAGGAAAAGAUGCCAGGAAAAAAAGCAAGUCUGGGAAAGAAGGCCGAAAAGUAGGUUUCCGCGAGGGAAAGAUUCAUGUAAGGAUGCAUAAAAAAACUAUUCUGAAGGAAGGAAGGAGCUCAGGUUCAAAGGAAGGUCAGGAAGGGAAAAAUGCCAUUUUAUUAUUUUUUUAAGUGUACCUACUUUUGACCCUCCCUGAAAAUGGUGUUGAGCAAUUCAAGGACGCACACCCAGAAAUAGAACUCACUUUAUUAUUCAUGUUAGACUCCUGCAAAGCAAUACUGUCGAACCAGCCGUCUUUCUUAGCUUUGCUCGCCCCUUGGUGGUCAAACAUGGCCCCCACACUCUGCAAAAGAUAACACAAACUCCUUCAAAUAAAAGCACUUACUUGAAUUCAGCUGCCACUGUGGUUUUAUUAAUAUUGUAUUCAACUAUGUACUGUAUAUACAGUUCCGAUUUUUUUUGUUUGUUGUUGCCGUUUCCAUGGAUACCGCAAACUUCAGCAGCACCGAGCAUAGCUUUAAAGACAAUGAAAUGGAAUUAGAAAAUAGUUACUUAACAUAACAUAGUGUAAUAAACUUUUUCUCAUUCGUAUUAAUAUUAACAUAUCGUCAAUUUCGCUAGUGACUCCUUGUUCCGUGACGUCACGCAAGCCGUGAGUGUUAGCUUGCCUGCGUGGCUAACGUCAACUUUUUGUAGUAGCAUUAGCAUGUUUGAAAUAAACGUCUUAAAACGUCUAAAGCGUCACCCGAAGCCAAGUUUCUCUUCCCGCUCGGACAUUGACAUCAUAUUUGUUUUUGACACACAGAUGGGAUGGAUUGAAAAUUAUACAUUGGAAUAAUCUGUGCCGACAAAAACGCCUUUCGAAUAUUCGCAGAAUUCACAUUCCGGAAACGAACAAAAUAAAAGCGACGUCACGCCGUUUUUAAUGUCGUUAUCGUUUCGACAAACUGCACAAAAAUAACAAAAUUGGGUUAUUAAAUGUAAACCCGGCUACUAUAUUGCUCGCCCACUCGAAGCAACAAUGUCACGCAAAAUGGACAACAACGGCUUGCCGUUCCUGCCAGGGUUCUCUUUCCAGGAUGUUACGAAAACAGCCUUUCAUCGCCCUCAGACGUUGUCCUAUUCCAAGGGCCUGGCGGUGGCCCGUCCGCCCAGGUUGGGCAUCGGCCUGGAGCCACUAUUAACGGAGCAGAUGAUGCAUGAGGAGCUCACCGGCAUGGCUGGUGACAUGCCGGACUUAACUUACGGCUCCUUCGACACCAAGUACAUCAAAGACUUGGUUAAUUUGUCCUACCACUCAGCUCCUGCACCCGCCCACCCAGAUCCUCCACCCUUCAUCCCAGCUUACGUCACGCUUGACAAGAAGGUGCUUUGCUUCAAAGCGUACUUCAAGGAGGAAAUAAUCAACAGUCGCGAUGAGAAGAGCUGCGUCCGCCACGUGGUCAUUUACUACUACCUCGAGGAUGACAGUAUGAGCAUCUCCGAGCCCUGGGUGCCCAAUUCUGGGAUACUUCAGGGACAGCGGAUUAAACGCCAAUGUCUGCCCAAGAAGGAACCCGGGAAGUUUUACAACUGGAAAGACCUCAACCUCGGAAUCGACCUGGAAGUGUACGGUGUGACUUACCACAUUGCGCAGUGUGAUGCAUUUACCAAGGACUUUAUGCAGCGUCAGGGCAUUAUUCUCAAUCUGCCUGAGGAAAUGCCAGUGGAUACUUACCUCGUGCGGCGGCAAAAACCUCCGCCGACCUCCACGACACACUCAGAAUUUGACAGCAGGUACCAGUUUCUCCACAUGGAUCGCAAGGUGCUGCGUUUCUUUGCCCUAUGGGACGAUACGGAGUCUGAGCUCGGCGAGACUUUGCCCGUUACGAUUCAUUACUUCCUGGUGAACGACACGGUGGAGAUCAGAGAGGACCACAAACCCAACAGUGGCCGCUUUCUUUUCCCGGUGCUCAUGCAGCGGCUGAGGAUACCGAAGAAAAUGAAGCCGAGCCACGAUCAGUUCCCGAGCUGUGUUAUGGAGGAUUCGAACGAGGAAGUUGAAGAGUACUUCUCCCCGAAAGACUUCCAAGUUGGCGAAAUGGUGAUAAUAAUGGGACGCCGUUUCCUACUGUACGACUGCGAUGAGUUCACUAAAGUCUACUACCACGAAAACCACCCCGAGAUCAACAUCAAAAGCAUAGAAGUACCCAGGCAGAUGGGCAAGUUUGAAGGCAUGAAAAAGGAGAUUCCUCCCUAUAAUGGCUUUGGAUCGCUCGAAGAUUCUCUGCAGAGUUGUCUCUCUCUAAUCCCCGCACCUCCCAGAAAGAAUGUGUUAAAGAUGCUGGAGAACGAACACAAAGUGCUGCGUUACAGUGCCCGACUGGUGACACCCAAGGAUGCAUCAGAGUCCCAGAGACGCAAAGAUGCAGAUCGAGUUUUCAUUAUGUCCUAUUACCUGUCAAAUGACACCAUCAGUAUUUACGAGAAUCCCAAACACAACUCCGGUUUCAGGGGCGGAGUGUUCCUGAAAAGGACACGUGUCCCCAAACCGGAUACUUCUGUUGACAAUCCCGACUUCUACUCACCGUCAGAUUUCUCAAUUGGAUCGAUUCUGGAUAUUUUUGGCCACCGCUUCAUCCUGACAGACGCCGACCUUUACGUGCUAAAAUACAUGGAGAACAAUCCUGGCCAGAUUCCCUUGGAGACACUUGAAACUAUACGCCAGAAGCUGGGGUCUGAAACCAGCCAGCCAGCCAACCAAAAUGAGCCACCCUCGUGAUGUCAAGUCCACCGCGUCACAUCGUCGUGCUUUGGACCAGCACUCAAGAACCUGAGGAAUGCUUCUGAAUUUUUGGGGAAGUAUUUUUGGAAGGAGUAUCAGGGCCACACUGAGAACUAAAGACUAAAGUAGUUAUUGUUCAAAAUGAAGCAGAAGAUGCAGAUUGAAGAGGAUAUUGUUAAAUUACCUCAUUAUUCUCAGACCAGGACGACUUUUUUCUGAAUUUCCUUUGUAGCAUUCAUCAUGACAUGCACUGCCACUAGUAGCAGUCCAAGUUAAAGUGGUCUGGAAGAGGCACUUGUAUGUAAAGUUCACUUACUGCCUUAAGUUUUAAGGUUACAAUUCCAGACCAUUCUUCCCACACUAUUGACAGUUUGGUAAAGGGCUAACAAAAGCAUGGCCAACAAAAUAAUUUCACAAUGUUGCCACAGAUUAAUUGUUGCAAGUGUUGUACACAAACUGUAUAUAGAGUAUAGCUAUUAUAGGGCAUAUAAAAGAAAAAUAUAGAAAAUG